AUUUGUCAUUAUAAUAAAUUAAAUAAAAUGAAUACAAGUAGUACAAGUAAUACAAGUUGUACAAGUACAAGUACAAGUAAUACAAGUUUUAUUGGUAAAGAAGAUCGUUAUAAUGGUAUUAUUGUUGAUAGUACAAGUGAACCAUGCAAAGAUAUUCAACAAUUUUAUACUAAAUUAACAGAAUCAUUAAAUGAAUGGAAUAAAAAGAAUAAACGUUGUAUAUGGUUUAAAGUGAAUAUUAAAGAUAGUGAAUGGAUACCAAUCUUAACACAAAAUGGUUUUAAAUUCCAUCAUGCGAAACAAACAUAUUUAAUGUUAUAUAAAUGGUUACCAUCCUUAGAAUUAUCUAAUAUACCACCUUAUGCACAUACAAUGUUAGGUGUGGGAGCUUUAGUUAUUAAUGAACAAACACAACAAUUAUUAAUUGUACAAGAAAAAUAUUUUAUUGGACAAGAACCUAUGUGGAAAUUACCUGGUGGUUAUGUUGAACCAGGUGAAGAUUUAAUUGCAGCAGCAAUACGUGAAGUCAAAGAAGAAACAAAUAUAGAAUGUGAAUUUAAAAGUUUAAUAACAAUACGUCAUACACAUCAUGUUAUGUUUGAAUGUUCUGAUUUAUAUUUUGUAAUAUUAUUAAAUAUUAAUGAAUUAAUAAAUAAUAAUAUUAUUAAAUGUCAACGUGAAUUAUUAGAUUGUAAAUGGAUUAAUAUUCAUGAUUAUUUAUCAUUAACAAAUGUUAGUGAUUUAAAUAAAUCAUUUGUUCAACAAUAUUUAUUACUAAAUCAAUUAAAUCAACAACAAUCAAAUACAACUAAUUCUAAAUCAUCUUUAUUAUUAUUAAAUCAAACAUUACAAGAUCAUAAACAAUUACAAUUAAAAUAUCAAAAUCAAGAUGUUAUUUUAAAAUUAAAUGAUUUAGAAGAUCGUACUCAUCUAGAAUAUCCAUUAGAAGAGAAAGCACAAAUAAUAUCUGGACGUAUUGCAGAUAUUAAAUUAAAAGCUAAUGUAGCUAAAACAAUACAACGAAACUUUACAAAUAUAUUACAAAGAAUGAAACAAGAUGCCAUCUACUUUGAUUCUAUUUUAUUAUCAUUAGAGAAAGAUGCUAGAUCACAAGCUAAAUGUUUAUAUCGUACAACACAACUAGGACAACUUGCAACUGAAUAUCUAGAUGAUCGUAUUCAUGAUUAUAAACGAUUAGAACAUGCUAUUCAAAUAAGUAUGGAAGAACGUUUAAAGAAUAUUAAAUUAAUUAAACAAGAUGUUAAAGAUACAACAAAAUCCGAACCACUUGAAUUAGACUUAGAUGUUUAA